AUGGAUCAAAGUGAAUCCCUUCGUCUUCUUCGAAGUACUCUAUCGACACAUUUUUGGUUUUCAAGGAUUAGUCAAAACCUUUUUCUUUCUCCUCUCCGUCAUGCCCACAAUCGCCCUCAACGGCCAGCUUAUCGCGGGCCUAUAGCUUACACUACCGCUUCUUCUUAUCUCUCUUCUCACCGUCAAUAUAACCCUCUAUCUUCUUCUCCCAAACUUCAUUUCAUCGCAUCUUCUUCCCCUCGCUUCAAAUCCUUAACUUGCUCAGCAAACUUACAUUAUCGGAAGAAGAUUGAGCCUUCAUCCAAAAAAUUUCUCCUUAACUCAUUUGCGAAAUCUUUUAUCGUCUCUGCGUCCUCCGCUAAGCCGAAAGAUUCGUCCAAUGUUAAUCUCCGUAAGCCACUUGCGAUAUCUCUCGUCGUCACUACUGUUUCUUCCUCCGCAUAUGUGUUUCUUCUACGACUCUUUUCUCUUGCCUCGAUUCUAAAUGGUGGCGGAGGAGGAGGGAAUUUGGGUGGAGGAGGAGGGAAAUUUGGUGGAGGAGGAGAUGGCGGAUUUUGGAGGGGAUUGUUUGCUCUGGCAAUACCAGUGGCUAUCGCCAACGAAGAACACUCACAUGAUUGGGAUUCUUACGGUUUACCAGCGAACAUUGUGUUAAGCUUGGGAGCUUAACCGAACUGAAACUUAAGAAAUAAGAGAGGAAAAUAUAGAUAUGCGCC